GCCUAAGUUCUGUAUUUAUAACAUGUUACAUAUGCCAAGCUCUUGCUUUAUUAUACUCAAUAAGUCCCUCUUUUGCUGUUAUUAAUUUUUAGUAACUCAGUGGAGUAAUAUAAAUUUAUAAUAGAGUAAGGGCUUUCUUAUUGAUGGACCACUGAGCAGAUGUGAAGAAAAAUAUGAAAGUCAUUGAAAAGAGUUAGAAGGACAUUGCUGAAUUUUAUAUAGGACUAGCUAGAUCAAGAAUAGGGAACAAAAAACCAUAUUGAACUUUUGGAAUUGGCCAGUUUUCUGAACAAGUUGUGAAAUUAAUAUAGUAGAACACUCUAGUUACUCCAUUGAAGCAAAGAGAAGUACAAGUUAUAGGAUUCAUAUGGUUUCCCAUAAUGAAGCAUUACGUGUUACAGACAUGGAAGGGAGAGAGGGCUUGGAAGAAGUUACGGAUGAAUCUGAGGUUUCGAAGAGAAUCCAACCAUGGACAAAGCAGAUCACAGCACGGGGAAUUUUCGCGAGCAUUGUGAUAGGGAGCAUCUACAGCGUGAUAUCGAUGAAACUCCAACUCACAACCGGGCUUGCUCCUCAUCUCAAUGUCUCAGCUGCUCUGCUGGCGUUUGUAUUCAUUCGUACAUGGACAAAGUUUCUUCAGAAGCUUGGAAUUGUCUCAAUUCCAUUCACUAGGCAGGAAAAUACCAUGAUUCAAACUUGUUCAGUUGCAUGUUAUAGCAUUGCUGUUGGAGGUGGAUUUGGAUCUUAUCUGUUGGCAUUAAGCAAGAAGACAUAUGAGCAGACUGGGGUUGACAUUGAAGGAAAUAGAGGUUACAAGGAACCUGGAGUUGGCUGGAUGACCGGCUUUCUUUUCCUUGGUUGUUUCGUUGGUCUUUUUGCUUUAAUUCCUCUCAGAAAGAUAUUGAUAGUCGACUACAAAUUAACUUUUCCAAGUGGCAUGGCGACAGCAGUUCUUAUUAAUGGAUUUCAUACCCAGGGAGACAAAAUGGCCAAGAAGCAGGUACAGGGGUUCACCAAGUUGUUUUCUUUCAGUUUCUUGUGGGGGUUUUUCCAAUGGUUUUACACCGGAAAGGAUGGAUGUGGAUUCUCACAAUUUCCUACUUUUGGAUUGCAAGCUUGGAAGCAAACGUUUUACUUCGAUUUUAGCAUGACUUACGUGGGAACUGGAAUGAUUUGUCCCCACGUUGUGAACUUGUCAUUGCUUCUUGGAGCUGUGCUGUCAUGGGGUAUGAUGUGGCCACUUAUUAGUAAUCUUAAAGGAGAUUGGUUCCCUGCAAAUAUACCAGAAAGCAGCAUGAAGAGCUUGAAUGGCUACAAGGUCUUUGUCUCCAUUGCUCUCAUCCUAGGUGACGGGCUAUACACUUUCAUAAAGAUAAUGGGCUUCACAAUCAUAAAUAUUUUUGGCAGAUUGAAACACAAGAACCUCAACUCAGCUGAGGGAAGCCAGAACAAGGCCGUGGAUGAUGAACUAAAACAAAAUGAAGUGUUUAUGAGAGACAACAUUCCCAUCUGGGUAGCAGCCAUCGGAUAUAUCAUUUUCUCCGUCAUUUCUGUCAUCGCUAUUCCCUUCUUAUUUCCUGAGCUCAAGUGGUACUAUGUCAUUGUAGCCUACUUUUUUGCUCCAUCUCUAGCCUUCUGCAAUGCUUAUGGAGCUGGUCUAACCGAUAUGAACAUGGCCUAUAACUAUGGUAAAGUAGCUCUUUUUGUGCUGGCCGCAUUGGCUGGGAAAGAACAUGGCUUGGUGGCAGGGUUGGCCGGGUGUGGUCUCAUCAAAUCGGUUGUCUCAGUUUCUUGCAUUCUGAUGCAAGACUUGAAAACCGGUCAUCUCACUUUCACAUCCCCUCGCGUAAUGCUCCUGAGCCAGGCCAUUGGCACGGCCAUAGGAUGUGUGGUAGCUCCUCUAAGCUUCUUUCUGUUCUACAAGGCAUUCGACGUGGGCAACCCAGACGGAGAUUUCAAGGCUCCUUGGGCUGUUAUAUACAGAAACAUGGCGAUUCUAGGCGUUCAAGGCUUCUCAGCAUUGCCUCAACAUUGUUUGCAACUCUGUUACGGGUUCUUCGCCUUCGCGGUGGGUAUCAACCUGGUAAAAGAUCUGUCCCCUCCCAAGAUUGGGAAAUGGAUGCCAAUACCGAUGGCCAUGGCUGUGCCAUUUAUAGUUGGCGCCUACUUUGCUAUUGACAUGAGUGUGGGGAGUUUGGUUGUGUUUGUGUGGCACAAGCUUAACACCAAGAAUGCUGAGUUGAUGGUUCCAGCAGUUGCUUCUGGCUUAAUCUGCGGUGAAGGACUGUGGAUCCUUCCUGCAUCAGUUCUUGCUUUGGCUAAAAUAAAGCCUCCCAUCUGCAUGAAGUUUCUAGCUUCUUAGAAAAGCCUCCAUUGCUAUUGUUAGAGAUAUAAGAAUUCUGUAAUUUACAACUACGUAUGUAUAAAAUGGUAACUUGUGAGACUACUUUGAAAUAUAUUGUUGGACUCCUUUUGUAAAGAGUAAUUAGAGGGAGUCUCUCUGUCCGAUAAUUUUAUUUAAAUAAUGAUAUUGUAAAUAUUAAUGGCAUCAUCGUAA